UCACUAAUGUACAAGACCACAUCUCAAGAGCAAAUCAGGUCCAAUCUCCACCUAAAAAGUAGUUCACAAAUCACAACACUUGGUGGUUAUUAACUCUCCUUCACACAGAGACACAGACAUUUUCAUACACAAAAGCUUGUGACAAAACAAUGGCAGGUGUGGUUGAGAGCAGAGAAUGGCACUUGGCUGCAUAUGCACCCGAAGGUGUUCCAACGUCUGAUCAUCUCAAACUCCGUACAGUCACUUUAUCACUCGAUGUUGAUUCAAUUCCGGACCACCAUCUCAUUGUUCAGAACAUCUUCAUCUCCGUCGAUCCAUAUCAACGUACCCUGAUGUCUGGCCUUGCAGAUGGCCUUUACUUUCCUCAGACCCAACUUAACGAGGUGGUAAGCGCACCUACAAUUGCAAGGGUGAUUCGGUCAAAGGACAGUAGUUACAGGGAAGGUGAUAUUGUCCUCAAUCCUUUUGGUCCUAUUGCCGAAUAUUGUGUUUUACCAUCCGCGUUGCAUUUAAGGAAGGUUGACCCAGCAUCUGAGCUUCCAUUGCAAGAGUUUCUCAGUUCUCUUGGGCUACCAGGUUUUGCAGCAUGGGUGGGAAUAGAGGUACUAGGAGACCCAAAGCCAGGGUCAAAUGUGUUUGUUUCGGCUGCGGCUGGAGGUGUUGGAAUGUUUGCAGGGCAAUUGGCUAAACUCAAAGGUUGCAGGGUUAUUGGCAGCACUGGAUCAGAUGAGAAGGUAAAGCUCAUAAAGGAGGAAUUUGGAUAUGAUGAUGCAUUCAACUACAAAACAGAAACAGACUUAGAUGCUGCAUUAAGCAAGUACUUCCCUAAUGGUAUUGAUAUUUAUUUUGACAAUGUUGGUGGUGAGAUGCUUGAGGCUGUCCUCAACCAUGUUAACAGGCAUGCACGAAUCCCAGUUUGUGGCAUGAUAUCCCAAUAUAAGAAGAUCUGGACAGAGAGACAAGGGGUAAGAAAUCUGCUUAAUAUGGUAGGUAAGGAGGUGAGGAUGGAAGGGUUUUUGGUGGGUUCACAUUUGAAUCGUUUUGGGGAUUUUGCAAAGGAAAUGGAGAGCUACAUAAAAGAAGGCAAGAUUAGUUCCAAGCUCAAAAUCUACCAUGGAAUUGAGAGCUACUUGGAGAGCUUAGGCUCCCUCUUCACAAGCUCUAAUUUUGGAAAAGUUAUAAUUGAAGUUAAGAAAUAAUUUGAAAUUACCAACUCCAUGCUCUCCUGGUUUGAAUAAGCAAAUGCUGGGACUGCACUAGCAGUCAUUGGAUUUCUGAGCCAUGUUAAGUGAUUUGUAUAAGUAAAACUCUGUAUAUUCUUAUUGGAGUAAUGCAGCCUUUUUUUGCUUUAA